CACGAUGUUGACAGUGAAUUCUUUUAUCGUAUGGAAUAUUGCUAUAACGACCAGUUUCAACAGGUAAUCUAGAUCUAGUGCUGUUAUGUGAGAAAACAUUAGAACUCUGUUUGAAAACAUUCGAAUGGUAAUUCACACCCAUGACCCUCGUUUUCGUCAUUCUUUGUUAUGUAAUAUGUACACAGACAACACAGUUUUACUAGCUAUACAUACAGAAGGGGGCAAAAGAAUAAACGAGUUGCUUGGCGUUCGGUUAAACCUAGUUCACACACAACACCUGCAUGUAUUGAUAGAGCGCAGCACAUUUCACAUGCGAUGCUGUGCGUGAAUGUCUAAACAAAUAAAUCAUCGUAGACGUAGUUUGGGUAAUGAGUAAUGUGUGUCGCGAGUCAAUUGUCGUAGUACCGAUUCAUACAGGCAGCAGAAAAAAUACACAGUGUCUAGUAGGUUUUUAUUAUAAGAGGAGCAAAAAGCAAAUAUAAUUUUGUUAUUCUUUAGCAUCCCUUAAUUAAUUUCGGAGUGGCCAAUUCAGGUGGUUUUAUUAAUUUCAAGCCUAAAUGGGAGGAAUAUUUGAGACAAGCAGAACUGUAUAGUGUAUUAGCCUUUUCCGAUAGUCCUGUCUAGUCGCGCGAAUCCCAUGUUGGAGGGGGACAAGAAAUACAUUAAUAAUACAUUGAAUUGAUAAGAUAUUUCAUUUUUGGUCGUCUAAAAAUUUGAUAUUUGAUAUAGUGGAUACUAUAUUUGAUAUAGUGGAUACUCUUUCACAUAUUUGACGCCUGUCACCAUAUAUUUUCUCCCUCCAAACGAUCCCAGAAUGCACUGUGAUCUCUUUUGGGAAAACUGCUAAUUACCCUUUCUGCCCAAGCAGUGAACAUGGAAACAUUUUAUAUUUACAUAUUUAGCCUGCGCGCAGACUAUAUAAUGACAUAUAAUGACUAUAUAUAUGUCACGUCAUUAUAUAGUCUGCGCGCAGGCUAGGAAACAUUGAACUUUUUGUUAAAAACAAGUGUCUAGGACUGGGGGCAACCAAAUAUGUUCACUGUUCUCAUCUUCCGAACAAGGCUGAAAAUUUUAAUUGUUAAAGCAAGAAGUUGAAAGACGCGUUAUUCUAUUUUACGUCGCAGCUGAUCUCCAAGUUGAGAUGAAUAUAACUUUGUAUAUAAAGUGUCGAGUUUUACCGUGUUCCAUUAAUGGGGGAAAGUUGCCACGGGAGUUCUUCAACUUGUUUUUGUAAAUAUGUUGUAAUUUCAAGCAGUUGGACACCAGACACGGCAUUUCCUUGCAGGGAGAUAUCUUAAUUAUUUGUGACACGAAGAUUGAUUGUGACACGCCUUUCUUAAAGAUUGUGUGCUUUUAAUAAAUAAAGUUGUGUGCCUACCACGUAUACACUCGUGUGAUACUAGCUGUCCUGCCCGAUACGUCAAAAGCAUUUAAUAAAAAAUUAGGUCAGGAGGAGUUAUAAAAAAGUCGCAUAUAUUCGACACAUUUUACGUGUGGGAAAUAUAUUAGCCUUAGUACACAACUUUUGCCUAAAACUGUCGCAUGCAAUCUGCUUACAACUUAAGUUGUACUGUAUAAAUCAACACAACUCGCCUACGUUGUCGACUUGUUCGUAGGUGAGUUGUGUGCUUGAUUUACACAGCACAACUUAAGUUGUAAGCAGGUUACAUGCGAUAGUUUUAGGCAAAAGUUGUGUCGUGUAAUCAUUGAUUUUGAAGAAAUGCAGUAAUCGUCUGUGGCUCAGGCUACAGCAGAAGAUUUACAUAAGUAAUGCAAUACUGAUGCCGUAAAUAACCAGUUAGGUGAGGAAAUAAGGCCGAUGAAGUAACCAGAGCGUUUUAAGGAGAACGUCGAUGUUUCGAGCGAAGGCCCUUCCUCGAGAAGUUAGUUAUAGUUGCAAUAUAGUCGUCUGUAUCAAACAUCGCCUCUAGGUCCAUCUAACACUUUAUUCUACCAGCUUCUUACAUGCUAUUUUGAGAUAAUAUUCAGAACGAGUUUUGAGAUAAUAUUCAAAACAUUUCUAUUGAGUAUUGAAAAUUAAUGUUCCUUCUUAAUAGCUCAUUUUAUGAUUUAUAAUCUACUUAAUGGAUUUUUAAGACCAAGACAUUAACAGUUGACUGCCAACAUCUUCUCAUUUUGAGAUAAUUCUCGCAGUAAAAGAUAUGCCUGUCGUGAUAUAGUACGUAUUCUAGCAAAGUCCAAAACCCUUUAAUAACGGAUAUUAGUAGCACUUGGCACGUAGCUUCUUAUGAUCACGACAUACAUUUUCCCAUUUUCAGAUCUAUCAGCUACAAAGUUACCAAUUCAGGACAAUGUUUAUUCAAAAUUAAUAUUCUGUCCUAAUGGUUUAAUGAUUUAUAAAACACUUAAUGGAUUUAUAAGGUUAUAGGUAAUAGCAAGCUCCCCUGCUAGGCUCAAUGGACUUGCUACUGUGUUACACUGUUACCCACUUCUUAAUCAAACAUAAUGUGUCUCAUUCUCUUAAUGGAUUAAUACAAAGGAUUAAUACAAUAUACCAACUAAAUCUGUUGCCCAUUUUAAUGUUACAUAUAGUAAAAUACGUAAUGAUAAUGGAAAAUUACGAGCAUGUUCAUAUUAUAGGCACGCCAGGCAAAAAGGGUAUGUCAAAUAGCUGGUCUGUACCCCUACAGACAAAUUUAUUCGACACAGUCCUGUGCACCAGUUGACUAUUAACAACAACAUUAAUACUUUUAAAAAUUUUUAAAAUUUUAUCAUGUCCUUUUCAACAGCAGGAGUUUUCCGUUCCUUAAAAGCCAGGAACGCCCCAUUCAUGCAUCGUGUGCAGGGAAAUGUUUUUCUCAUAAUGAUCUUGAACAGUCUGUGUAGGUCGUGGCAAUAAUAGCAAAACUUUCUUGGAUAGAAAUACAACUACCUGAAAAAUACAAGGAGAAAUUCGAAGUUUCGAGCGAAGGCUCUUUGUAGGGAAGUCAGGCUUCCCGAAGCAGUGUCUUCGCUCGAAACGUCGAAUUUCUCCUUGUAUUUUUCAGGUAGUUGUGUACCAACGAAACAUUCAUUUUUCUGAUAACACUAUAUUUUAAUGGCCCUCGAAUUGUUUAAAAAGUCCAAAGAAAAAACAAACUAGAAAGUUCAGAUUGGUUUUGAGUAUUUGAUAUAUAACCUCCGUUUACACGAGCAAAUUAAUUGUUCCAUUUUUCACUGGUGUGUGUUAACCAUUGAUAUAUAAAUGAACAUAAACAAACAAACAUGCAAACUUUGUUGAAACAGGGAUACCAUGCACUAUACUGGUACAUUGAAUACAAAACAUAUUAAAUUUAUAUACGUCAGAUAGAUAUUAGUAGCACUUGACUCUAUAGCAUCUUACAUCUUACGAUUACGACAUAACUUUUGCAGUACACGUUGUAGUACAGUAUAACUAUUGAAUUCCAUACAGCCAUACCAAGACAUUUUGUUUUAAGAACUAAUAGAAAUAAAUGUAUCAUUUGUAGCGAAGGACCACUAUCAGAAAAGUUUUGGAGAAGUGAAUAAUCAGCUAUAAGGUUUAUCACAAAUGUGAAAACCUCUAUAUUUUUCGGCUCCAAAUGUAACAAUUGUGUUAGUUUUUGACCUGGGUGAUAAUCAAAUCCAUCCUUUUAAUUUGGUUGAAAUAUCAGCACAGACAGUUGUCUCUUGUUAAAUAUUUUAAACUCGUACAUGUCCUCAUAUGCGGAAUCUUUGUAUAAUACAAGUGAAACUUAUAAUUAUAUAGACAUAUAGUGUUGUUAUUUUCCGACACAGCAAAUAUUUUUUCAGGAUUUUUAGUAAAAAAUAUGUAAACAUUUGUUAUUUAUUUUCAGAGGCGGCAAGAAUUCCAGGAAUGUUUGUACUACGUGUAAAGGUAAGACGCAAGAGGCUAUAUUUGAUAUAAGUCGUAUUGUUUUAAUAUGACAUCGUUUGUAUAUCUCUCUGUACUCUCUUUGAUUCAUUUCGGACAUAACCUGCCAUUUAAGUACGCGCCCUGGGUAAAAUGGCCGGAAACUUGAAUAGUCUGGAUAUAACGAAAAUGAUGACAAAUGUCUGUCUAAGAAAAGUUAUUAAUUUUGUGUCAUUAUGCGAUCAAUCAUUGCUGACCCGAGCACUUUUUAAUGAAAAUUGGGGAAAAAACCCGCAACAUCCUGUGGAUAAACACAGUAUACAAUAUUUUACUAGUACUCGGGUCAUUCUCUAUUCAAUUUUCAAAAGAAGCUAUAUAUACAUUAAAAUGAUAAAAGAAAAACCAAACUUUUUCUACCAGAAUGUAAUCGUUGUUGUAUGCUGGCCAGCAAUUGGCAUUCUUGCCCCAGACUCUCUUCUGGCUGCGCGGCGUGUCUUCGUUCUUAUUAUCUCGCUUUAUUGAUAACCAUUUAUUAAAAAAAUAGGUAUGCCAUGGCGUACAUGGCGUCUACUGGGCAAAUGCUAAUGCAAAUAAAAUACAUGAAAUCAUUGAAAUGACGAUUUUAUUAGACUAAAGACAGGCUAAAACAUGUUGCACAAAUGUACAGGUUCCUGAACCUGUCAAGUAGUUCUUUUCCAAGAUACACACAUGGAAAUCCAUUUUCACAGAAAUUCACAGAUAGUUUAAUUUGAAAUUUUAGCAUCUCUUGAAGCGCAUCGAAGUUUAUUUAUAUAAAUAAAGAUAUAUCUUCAGGUGACAGAAGCACAGAAACAUUAUGUCAAUUUUGCUCCAUCAAUUUCUUUAGCUUGUUAGAUAUGUUUUCAUCCAGAUUCCAGGGAACCAGUAUAACCGCACGCAAAGAUUUGCAAGUUGAGGUCAUUUCUAAAAAUAGGUACGCUAUAGCGUACAUGGCGUCUACUAUGCUAAUGCGAAUAAAAUACAUGAAAUAACAAUUUUAUUAGACUUUAGUCUAGAUAGGCCAUGACAUAUUACACUAAUAUACAGGUUCCUGAAUACUUUAACUAAUCAUAGCUUUCGCAGGAAGAACCUGGCGCGUCAAUCAGUUCUGAAAGAUGUUCAGUUCAUACAUAAUUCGUAUGCAGAAAUGUUAGUUAAUACUAAGCGAUUUCUCUUCGAAGAUCUUUGUGAUCCAUAGUUCAACAUAUUCAAUGGACAGAUUUUCGUUGCGAAAUGAUGGCAUGCAUGGACUACAUAAAGAAUUCCAUUCUCUUUAAAAACUUUAUCAUCAUUAUUUUAUUAGUUUGUCGAGUAGUUAUUUUCCAAGAUAAAUACAUGGAAAUUCCAUUUUCAUACUUUGUUCCAAUUAACCCAUAUAGUAUUUCCACAGUGCGACGUUGAAAAUUUAAAGGCCAAUAUCUCGACACAUAAAUACAGUUCAAAAUUUUUUACUCAUUGUUGCUAUUGCAUGCUAACCUCAGAACUAAUUUUUAAGUCCUGUUCACAUGAAUCUGGGACAGCACUUUGUCCCGGGGUGAGCAAUUGUCGUGGGACAAUAACUGUCUCGGCUUGUAAAACAGUAGUGCUGUUGACAUGGUAUUUUACUUGUCCCAGCAUAGGCAGCCCAGAAAUGCGUGGUAUUUGUCUCUUUUAUGUAGUUUCAUAGCUUGGAAAAGUUUUGAAAGCUGGGGCGUGCAUUUACGUAUCUACUCAUCCUCGUACUCAGGGUCUUUUUGGGAGUGGCACCAGAGUGCGAGAGAAAAUAGCCUGGGUACGAGGUUUGGAGUCUACUUUGUUUAUUAUUAUGACAAAGUUGGCGGGAAAAUUGCUUUGUCGACCCGUGCAUCGUACCCGGUAAUUUCAGAAGGAUUAUUUUGGCCCGCAACGGCCAUUUUAGCUUUUUAAAACAUCGACUGUUUUAGUUCAGAAGCGCCAUUCGGUGGCAAAAUGGUGCCACUAAAAUUACUGUGUACUUAUUUUCUCUAAUGAUUUAGUCACACGAAGACUGAGCAACUACACCGUGGUUCCUGGCGACAGAGUGACGUUGAGAUGUGCCUUUAGAGGCAUUCAUCAUACGAAUAUCACAUGGUUUCGGAAUGGAAAACCACUGAAACAAACCAGGUCCAGAAAUAUUGUGAUAAGGUAAAUAUUUACUGAAGCCUCUUCAAUUUAUAAAACAUACCCAGUAUUUGACUGGACGCAGGAAGAGAAACAAGUUUAAUGAAAUUAUUUUUACUGGUGCAAAGUGAAUAACGAGUCUUACGGGACCUUCCGCUAACUGGAUCAUUAGGGACCUUCCGCUAACUGGAUAUAGUUAGUACAGAGUCGAUAUAGAAAAUUGUUUUUUAUAGUAUAAUUAUAUAUGGACGGUCAUGUGACACUGGCGUUGUCUUGGGUGCGAAGUUUUGAAGACAAUAUUAUGCAUUUGCAGACUUACUGAAGUCGAAGCUAAGCAAUGUACAAUGCUGCACCCAGUAAUUAUGCAAACGGUCUGUGUGGAAUUUUCAUGGAUUUAGGCUGGAAGGCAUGCAUAUCUAUUCUACAAUUUUCAUACAUUGCCUUUACUGCUUGAAAAAUAGAAGGAAAGCAGGAGUUUUCAAAAUGAAACCUUCAACUGUUUAUAUGUUUCAUCUAUAUCAUCAGAUUUAAAACUCGCUCACUUCUCAUUAUUUCUGCAGUAAAUGGCAGAAUCAGAAUGGCUCGAAAUUACGAAUAAAGAAAGUGACAUCAAGAAUGACAGGUUCCUACAGCUGUGUUGGUCAUAAUGUCAGAGAUCAGUACAUUAUUUCAACUGGAUAUGUUAGAGUAUCACGGGGUAAGAUGAUUAUAGUCAUUAUACCUGGAUUGUUUCUGUUGCAUUCGUUGAACGUUUCAUUGCACCGAGCCUAUAAUGGCAAUGAACGUCAAUACUUUAGCUAACAUUAAAGUGCCUACAUAUGACACGAAAUUUCACCCCAAAUGUUUAUGGUUGCAUUGUAAAGAUCACUUAAUAAAAUGACUUAAUAAUUUCUUUUAUAGAAUUUUGGUAACUUGCUUCCUUUGCAAGAUAUUCAACUUUGUUUCAUAUGCAAAUAUCACCGGUGUGACAUCACAUCGCAUAAUGACAUUUUGAAAACACAACAUUUUACCUUGAUAAAAUAUUUUUACAAACAAAUACAGAGGGUUAAUUACCAGUUAUGAAAUUAAUACACAUAGAAGGCCAAUUUUUAAGUUUUUUAGAUACGUAUUCGUCAAGAAAACUAUACUUUUCUGAAAACUCAUUAUGCGAUGUGAUGUCACACCGGUGAUAUUUGCAUAUGAAACAAAGUUGAAUAUCUUGAAAAGGGAGCAAGUUACCAAAACUCUAUAAAAGAAAUUAUGAAGUCAUUUUAAGUGAUCUUUGCAAUGCAACCAUAAACCUUUGGGGUGAAAUUUCGUGUCGUAGGCACUUUAACAUUCGGCACAUAAAACAGUAUGUCGACGUUUGACUGUGUCCUAAUUUGGGUUGCUUUCUGAUAGAAGAAUGUGUGAAGUUAAUAUAAACGUAUUUUUUGCUUAUAGCUAACCGUGAUAAUGCCAAAGCACUCACAACCACUCCAAGGUAAGUCUUGCUAUAGAAAUACACAGAAUAUUUUUACAAUAAUAUGGAAUUAGGGUUUUGUCGAAUUCGUGUCAGUCAUAAUAUUUUCACGAAUGCAGUGAACUCGUUACCACGAUGGUCCAUUUGCAUUCAAUUUUUGAAUUUAUUUUUCUAGUGCAAAUUAGUCCGCGAGAGGCAAUGACUACCUCUCAUUCUUUGUUUUCUAAGCCUGUUUCCCUCUGGGCGAAGCACCACUUUCGGCACCGCUUUCGCCUGACCUGAUAAGCGAUGUAUAUGCCGACAAAGGAAAAAGCACUCAAACGCACGAACAAAUUCGCCUAAUAGACAAAUUUGACCAACGUUGUUUACAUCGUUGCUACCCAAUCAUAACUAUAGAUCACUUACAUGCCUAGUUACUAUUGUUCUAGUUUAUAAAAGCGUAGAACAAAGGUGAGUAAGGAUUGGAAUUGUGUGUAAGAGUUAUUCAGCCAUGUAGAUAAUGUUCGAUUCUAAACUUCUGUAAACUAGAACAAUGGUAACUACAGUAGGCAUGUGUCUAUUUAAGGGCGCCCAAAUUUCCUAGAAAAUAUGGCCCGGGGGACCAUAUGGAAAUUUAGCGGCAACAUUUUUGGGGGGCUAUAUAUUCCCUGUUGCAUGGGUACAGCAGGUCCCGAGUAGGUCCUUCAUAAGUGUCGUAAUAUUAGGUUGUCUAAAUAGAUCUGGUAAAUAACAGUGCAUUGCGACGUCUUCCACGCUGUUCUUAGGUAUUUGAAACAAAGUAUGCAUAUUUUGUCUCUUUCUUUGAUUUCAGUGUUGUGUUAAAACAAAGAAACGGCAAGUGUGAGAUGUACGUGGGUACGAUAUGUGCGCGAUAUAUACAGGAUAACGGAAUUAUAUUUGUGGAAAGCGGUGCUCAGAAGAGCCAGGGCUUUAUUGAAGCGAAGUUAAAGUUUGCUUACAAAAUCAUGAGUGCAAACUUAACAAAAUCGUGUCGUCCAGCAGCGCUCCCGUUGUGGUGUCACCACCAUUUUCCCGCAUGUAGUGUAGUGAACUCGAAAGCUGAACCCAAGUCGAUUUGUAAAAGUGAAUGUAAUCAUAUUCAGAACAACGAUUGUAAAGUAGAGUAUGCUGAAACAAGAAAGGCGUCUUCUCAGAGUUCAGAGGAUGAUCUGUUUCCUGAUUGUAAACUGUUACCCAGUGAAGAUCAUUCACAGUCGAACUGUGUUUCCAUCAAACGCCAUGUUCCUUCGUUACGGCCAGGUAACUAAUGAAUUCCUUUACGGAACUUGACGGUUUAUUAACACAUCUUUCGUCAGCUGCAUGACUUUGUGGUUUGUUUUCGAUACAAAUGAAAUAUUAAAUGUAUUAUCAUAUGGCAUGAAACAUUCUUUAGCCCAUAUUACACGCGUAGCUCGUGUACUACACUCACAAUUGCUAACAGCAUUGUACAAAUUUAACAAAAGACAACAAAAAUGGAAAAAGUUUGGUUCCGUAGCUCAACUGGCAGAACGUUAUGGGUUUAUUUCCCAUGCCUCCUGCACUCUCAGCUGCAAACAAAACAACUUAUAUAUUGAACUCUCAAUUGUUGAACAAUUUAAUUACUGAAAUAAUGAAACUAAUGUUUUUAUCUUUCUUGAUUUAGGUGCUGUUAUCAAACCAGCAAGGUAAUGUCAUGUGAAUUAAGCAAGUCGUAAAUGUAAACUAAUAUGAGCAAGAACAUUUCUUACAUAAUAACUAGAGGGAAACACGCAAUUUGAUUGGUCAAUACUCGGCUCGUGUUUUUUUACACUUUCUGAACCUCUCGCAACAUUCCGCGUGGAUGGAUAAACCACGGAAAUCAUUUGGUAAUCCUUUAUUACAACUUUCAACUGAAAAUUGCUUCCCUUCAUUUUCAGCGGUAGAUGCACGAUGUACAAUGGUGAUGUAUGUAAGAAACCUGGCAAGAAAGUGUUCGUUAAAGAUGGGACGACAAUAUCCGAUAUUGAGAAAGAAAUUCAAGACACAAUGAAAGGGAAGUACGUGUCAAGCCAAUGUCACUCUUACGUCCAGCCACUACUGUGUCAACUACGUCUGCCUGAUUGUGAUGAAUCGUCUACCACUCCUAAAGGAAAGCCAAUCUGUCAAGAUGAAUGUUUAGUACUCAAGAAUAAGUUCUGUAAAAAGGAAUAUUCACAUGCUAAGAAAGUCAGCGCUACAAAUAUCUUUUUUGAUUGUUCGUCCGUGCCAUCGCUGACCACUGCAAGUGGAAAAUGUUCUUCUGUAGGAGUGCCUUCAAAAGAUCUAGGUAAGAAUUAUUUCAACUAAAAUACACCUUUUAUUCCACAUCUACACACGAUAUAACUAAUGUAGAAUAUGUUUGUGAUGUUGUCUCUGAGUGUGUCCACAGCUGAAUAGUUUGCUUGACUGCGAUGAGAAUCGCACCUGCGAUCUUUAGUUUGCCAGUCCGAUGCUCUGCCAACUGAGCUACGAGGUCAAGUCGGUUCGAGUGCGUGACAUUUCGGAACUCAGUCUAGUUCCCUGGAUAUCAGUGUGUUUCAAAGAUCUUAAAUGUUUCUGCACUCAGGUGAAGAUAUAUGUUUGUGAUGUUGUCUGCGAGUGUGUCCACAUAAUGGUUUCUUCUACAAUAAAAAAUCCUUCCUGCACAAUUAGUUAUAUCGAGUGAGGUGCCCAUACAGCUUACAUUCGUUUGACCUUAGUAUAUAUUUACAUGAACUUGCGAUUAGAGCUCGACAACCGGCCUCUGGGAAGCCUAUAUUUAUCUUAGAGCUACAAUGAGGACUUUUCCUGUUUCAGUGUUACGAAGUGUACCCAUAAAAAGUCUGCAGUACUUAAGCUUUUUGGUGUCUAUUAAAUGGAAGCACACGUUCCAGGUUAAAUUAUAAUCAGAAAACUGCAUAUCGCAUUGAGGAAUUGUAGGCAUUAUAAAAUAGCAAAAUGUGUGGGAAAUAAAGGAACGUGUCUUUUGGAGUGUAACAUGCCUCUUGUUUUCUUUUCAGCCUCUCCUGACGAAAUGUAAGUAAUUUCCAUUAUUUUUCUUUUUCGACGCUGAAUCCUUUUGCAGGAAUUUUAGAUGAUUUUGAUGGCAUGUCGUUACUUUCUGAAAUCUAAGUAGUAAUGGCAACUGUAUUCGUUCAGUAAAUAUAGUUUUAUUAGAAGCGCUCUCUAACAAAGAUUCUCAUUUUCUAGCCCUAUUCCAACAAAAAAGAUUGGAAGAUGUCAGCCUUACACAGGAACAAUUUGUAAAGAUUUUCUUAAGGGGAAAAACAUCUUCCUUGAAGUGGACCACCUUGAAUCUCACAUUGAAAGAAAGAUCUUCAAUGCCAUUAGAGAUAUUGAAGGUUUUCCCGACUUGUCACCAAAAUGCGAACCGUAUGUUUUGCCUCUCAUGUGUCAUCAUCUUUUCCCGUACUGUGUGCCGAAUAGUCAAAGUCAACCUAAACCAAGCUACAUUUGCCGAGAAGAUUGCUUCCGUAUUCAACUUGAAUUCUGUCACAGCGAAUAUCCGAUAGCUGAAUACGAAAGCCUAACUGCUGGAUCAAUUCUGUUUCCAAGUUGCAAAGAGUUACCAAUGUCAAAUGAACGAUGCACACCAUUAAAGAGUAUCACGAAUAGAACAGGUAGGGGGAAAACUAUGAAACUCUAAACCAACAGUACGGCUUGUGCUAGCCAAACUAACAUUGUAAAACAACCAAUAAACUGGCUGACAAUUACUUGAAUGGUCUGUGCCAAUAAUUGGAUUGAUAGGGAUGCAACUACCUGAAAAAUACAAGGAGAACUUCGACAUUUCGAGCGCUUCGUCGGGAAGUUUGAUAGUAGCCAAAGUAACAUUAGCCAAAGGUCAUCCCUAUCAUUACUAAAUGAUGUUCGAGCAAAACAAAUUAAAAAGCCAUUCAUAUAAAUGGACGAGAAAGCAGUGAACGAAACAAACCUUAGGAACAAACCAACUGCAUUACUUUGUAACUGAUCUUAAAUUUGAUUCCAUUUAAGAACCCGCCAUCCCUGGAGAUUGUUACCGUGACAACGGCAAGGAAUAUGGAGGUUUUACCAACACAACAGAAUCUGGUGCACCUUGUCAACGUUGGGGGGAUAAGAUGCCUGGUUCCUCGUAUGCCAAGCUUCAGGGUGGCCAUAACUUUUGUCGUAACCUACGAGGGAAAAAUAAGAAACCGUGGUGUUUUACAGAUCAACAAGUGAUGGAGCUGUGCAAUGUUCCCAAGUGUGGUAAGUGGACACACCUGACUCAAUGCUGUUCAGGCUUUUAGCCAGAACUCUGAAAGAGGGUGUUCAAUGUCGGCGACGACACACCCUAGAACGGGGUUCGAGACUAUGCCCCUCUGGAAAACCUUCUCUUACACCCGUUUAAAAAAAAUAGCAAACGUAAACAAAACAUUUUAACCGUAUUUAAUACCAAAUUAACAAAAAGAGCUAGAUAUACAAGCUAAAAGAAACUGCAGACCAUCACAACAGAAAUCUGUGUCGUGAACGACUUUUAAAGUUUGAAAAACAACAAUUUAUCCUCGAAUAAUCAAAUUUAACUGUGCAUUAACCCGUUUGUGCUAGACCAUAGCGGUAAUACUAUGAUUUUGUUGUGUUUAAUUUUUCCAAUAAUUUUCACUAAAAUAUCUUGAAAAUCGUUCUAAAACUUUUUAUAUAAAGCAUACAAAGCAUAUACAUCGACAAUGAUCCGCAUAACUCAAAGUUGUAAACAAUUUGAACUUCGUGACCGGGUGACAAAAAACUGACAACUCUAGUUAUUUUCGGCUUAGUCACGUAAUUUUGAAAACGGGUGUAAACAGUUUAAAAGUUUUACAGCUAUUCAUGUCAGCGUACUAAAGCUAAUGAGCUAGUGACGAGAUUUGCCUUUCCCCCAGAAUUUUGGGCGUCCAUAUUUCGUUGUAUGGCGUCCCAGGAGCUUCGCCAUACAAGCCAGAUGCUGUUUCAAACAACUUGUCAUCGUCCUGCAAUUCAACAACUUAACAAGUUGUGAGUAACAACCUCGUAGCAAAUUGACAAAAUUGACAAGAUGUGAGAUUUUACGUGGGCACUACAAUAUUAUAGAUACUUGUUAUUUUUACAAUAUUGGAUACUUCCUUUUAAUAACAGUAGAGCGUAGGUAGUCGAUGUGAAAAUGUCGUGGUUAUGAAUUGUUUCCAGUGUUGCAGCAUAUUUCUUUGUUUCCUGAACUAGUAGGAGCAAUACCUCCAAGUCUGGUGGCAUGUUUUAUGAAAGAAGCGACUUUUGAAUGAUAGCUAAUGUGGUUUGUGAGAGACGUUUAUUUAACACGGCGGCAAAGCUUUCGAUCCGAUCAUCCAGUGAUGAAGAUAAUUAUCGAAAGCUUUGCGAUAAUAGGAAACGCGGUAACAAACCAAAAUAUAUUUAUCGAAACAUCCAAUAUAUCUGAUAGAUAAUUGAAUAUAUCCCAGCUUGUUAUAUAUCAUAUUAUUUUAAAAACUUAGACAUGCGCUAGAGUCCGUUUGCAAUGUCAGCUUUUUGUCUGAAAAAAUAAAGUUGUGACAGCUUUAUAUAUUUCCCUACUUCCGUAGUAUACUACGUUCUCAGGUAGUACAAUCAGGCAAGAACACACAACCUAGUUAAAUGUUUUGUAUCGCCAUCAGGAGGCGCCAAUUGUACGCAUGCGCAAAACUGACUGUACCGCGCAUCUUUAAGAUGCUGAAAACGAAUAUCGUAGUUAUCGUAGCAUCUUUGUUCGUGAUGCGAAAAUUGGAAAAAAUUAAUUAUUUGGUAUUGCGAGCAUGUAUAUUCCUGGUUUCAAAUCUUGACCUAACAAUGGUGAAUUUUUUACCAGCUCCCGUUGGUACUCCAUUGAAUGGAACAGGCGAACACUACCUUGGUAUCCUGGACACAACGAAGAAAGGGCCAUGUCUACCUUGGAAAGACCAUGAACCAGAACAUAACUGGGCUCAUAAUUAUUGUCGAAAUCCUAAAGGAAACAAGAAAGAGAAACCAUGGUGUUAUAUUGGCAAGGAUGAUUGGGAAUAUUGUGAUCUGCCUAAAGUUUCUGCAAAUAAAUGUAAGUUACGCAUAUGUUGUUAUAUUGCAUAUUGGUGAACUUAAGGUUUAAGCCAGCGAUAUUUUUAACGUCAAUGGAAAAUUAGUACAACUAAUAUUGCCGGCAUUUUGCAUUAUAGCACUCGUGUAAGGAAACAAAAAAGAUAUAAAAAUCUUCUGUGUUGUCGUGUGUGUUGAAGAUUACCACAAACUCGUACAAACACAGUUUUUAACCAGUUCCUGCUCGGCAAUCUCACGUCCGUGUUGACAAAAAUGUCGCUUGCUUAAGUCUAUUGUAAAAUAUUUAAUAUCUGGUUCAUCUCUCGCCACUCUGGGCAACCUCGUACCCAGGGCAUUUUGCUUCCGGUCAGCGAAAAUGGCCCUGGCAUCGGCCGGUCACUUGACCUCAAAAUCUCCAGUAUUUGGGGUGUUCAAUUAUGAUAAUUUAUGCGCAUAAGUACGUAUAUAGAAUAAUGAUAUACAUUGUAAUAACCAGGGCCGCCGGGAGGUUGGCGGGGGCCCGGGGCAAAUUUUUUUUAGGGGCCCCUAUCUAAAAAAUUUUUUCCGGAGAACAACCUCUCCCCGUCGCCAAAAAAUUUUCGGUCAGUGUACCAUUUUAGGGGUCAAAAAUUUUUUCCGGAGUACAAAAUUUUUCCGGACGAGGACGUUGCAAUUGCUUUCGAGGGACUUUAUCUCAUUUUUUAGGCCAAAAUUCGGUACUUAGCCCAAGAAAACAGACCUCUUGUUCUUUGCGCGGAAAUAUUUAACACACAAAAAAGGCUGGGGCCCAACAAAAAAUGUUCAGGGGCCCCCAGCAACUCGGGGCCCGGGGCAAUUUGCCCCCCCCCUGCCCCCCCCCUCUCUGCGGCCCUGGUAAUAACUGGCAGGAGUAAACAAACUCAACGCUGCGUAUAUAAUCAAAGGGAAAGCAACGAAAUAAGUUGAUUUUAUUCGGUUUUCGUUGUUUACACCUCAUUCAGCAACAUAGCCCGUACUGAUAUUGAUGACUAUUAAACAUAUUCAGAGCCUGUUUAGCCUGUGAUUCAAUUCUGAAUGAACAACCAAACAAAACAAAACAAAACCGCUUCAGCAUUUGCCGACUGCCGUUUGGUUUAUAUAAAUCGUGUUAUGAGCAAAUAUAUUGGUAUCACAAUCUUUGACUAUAAGUAUAACGCUGUACGUUUCUUGAAAUCGACGAUGUAUAAACAACGCAUGUGAGAAAUUUAUGUUGAACCGAAUCAAAUACUCGUCUAUACAAAUGUACAAAGACUUAAUUUUAAUUUACUCAAUACUUUAGUCCUUCAAGAACUAAUUAUAAAUUUGUCACUCCACUCUCGUUUCAACAAAAUAAUAAUGAUUUCCCCCGUAUAUUGAAUAAUUAUAUUCAAAAUCAUUGACCAAUCAGGUUGCAAAACAGACCAGCCGAUGCCAGGGCCUUUUUCGCUGACCAUCCAACCGCGGAAGAAAAAAGCCCUGGGUACGAGGUUGCACUCUGGGUUCAGAGGUUUUCUGGUGCUAGUCAGUGCAGGCUACAGCGAAACAGAUCCGGAAUCCUCCUGAUCCAGGGUAUUCUCUCGCUAGUAUUAUAUAUUGAAUUAGAUGACGGUUAUUGACUUGGCGCAGUGGCGUAGCCAGCACGACAAUUUGGUCAUGCUAUGCAAAUUUUAAAUCAUCAUCAUUAAUUUCUUUAGAAAUUGAUUGUUUUCACCAUAGUUAAUAGAGGAGAUGGUUUGGAAACUCGUUAGCAUUACAAUAAAAUCACAAUAAACCUCAUUAUCUAUGUUGUUCAGGUUUAUGCAAAAAUGUGGUCUUUCAUCGUCACGUGCGUAUUGUAUUUUUCUCAAGCCAACCAAUAGGAAUGUUCAAAAUGUUCUAUUGUUAAAGUCAUGGAUGGGCAAUUGGACAAAACCGUUGCUAUUGGCUGGUUGAGCAAAAAUACAAUACGCACGUGACGAUGAAAGACCACAUUUUUGCAUAAACCUGAACAAAAACAUAGAUAGUGAGGUUUAUUGUAAUGCUAAUGAGUUUCCAAACCAUCUCCUCUAUUAACUAUGUUUUCACAGUCUAUGAACACGGAAAUAAUUGCAUAGCAUGACUAAAUUGUCGGGCUGGCUACGCCACUGACUUGGCGAAGUUGCUUGUGUUUCAUAUUGUGAGUUGCAGAAAGGCAGAAGCAGAAAAUCAGUCUUUUAGAUAUAAGAAAGAUUAUUUGCAAAACCUUUGCGGUGCCGUGGUUGGAAUUGAAGCAGAAUCUUCGUAGAGUGAAUAAGAGGGUUGUUGUUAUUAUGUCGAAAAGGACUUGUAGCAAUUAAAGAAUAUAGGAUGUUGGGUAUGAGAAAUUUUCGGUAUAGCUAUGUCGGAAAACGUAUGGCAAUAUUAUCGGUAUACCGGAUUUUUGGCCUUGAUUGUUGUGCAGCGAAAUUGAUGAUUUUGGCCUAUGGAAAGUUUCGGUAUAUCCAAAAAAUUCCAGUUUAUUUGAAAUUUCUGUAUAUUGGUUUACUGAACGGCCCUAUUCUACUUUAAACUCACAUAAAUCGUACGAUUGUGCUGCGUUAGUAAUGUUACCAUGUAUGGUUGCAAUGGUUUGUACAUUUCACCUUUGUAAAGGACUUUGAUUCGCAUGCCAAAAGAGUGAUUUGAGUUUGACUUUACCUAACACAACGGUUUAAAGAACUUUUACGAUACCUUUGCUCUUUCCAACAACAUUUAUCACCUUCAGUAUAAUCGAGUUCCGUAUUGCGGUGCCCAAACGAACUUUGGCAUCGCUUUAUGUUCGUUGCGUGAGUUUUUAGUCUGUUAGUUUGUUGGUCUGUUAGGAAUCAUAAGCAUAUUCAUAAGCCAUGUUAUUUAUUCAAAACUUCGCACUUGUGGUGCACUUGUUUCGCGCAUGCUCCAGAGCACCGCACUCGAUAAUUUCUGGUUUCCAUCUUAGCUUAUUUUCCUUUCUGUAGUCCCUGACAGUGGUGGAGGUCAUUUAUCAAACCUCUUGUAUACAGUUAUACCAUGUGUUGUGUUUGGAAUGGUGGUGGCUAUAGUCAUAAUAGCAGUGUGUUGGAAACGACAUAAACAAGGUCCUGAUACCAUCAAGAAGAACACUAGAAUGACGGUGACCGUCGUCUUACCAGAGGUAAGAUUCUCUCUACAACCGAAUUAUUCAUUACGUAAAAAGCCAUCCGUGUCAACCGUCGCCAGUGAUCGCCAAUUGUAUUUCUAUUUUCUAACGUUAUUUUCUUUUUUCCACUCCUCACAAAAACCCUGGCAAAAACCAACUCGCAAGCGCUGCGAAUACUUUCAUCCAAUCACAAUGCUCGACAGUUUAUUUUAAUUAGAUGCAAGCACUCGCAGCAGGCUUGCGUGUUGGCUUUUGCGAUAAAUGGAAAAGAGCCUCUGCACUUGCAGCUUUUGCUGCGAUUUUAGGUUAGAAUUUCUUCGUCUGAUGGAUGUGAACGAGUUAAGAAUGUUCAGAUGAAGGCAAAUAUACUCAGAACAUUCAUAACUUAUCUACUCGUUCACAUCCAUCAGAAGACUGAUGAAAAUUGCGACGGUAAGCGGGCCUUGACAUAAAGCUGUACAUUUAUAUUCGUUUGUGUUUUAGUUGCGCACCAUCCCAGGAGAGAACAUCUUGUUACCGAAGUGUCUUGGAAAUGGCAAGUUUGGUUCUAUGUACAAUGGUGAGAUCUGCUCUGAAGAUGGCAGCCGUUUUAGUAGGUUAGUUAAGGUGGCUUUGAAAGAUUCUAGUGAAGAAUUCGUCAAUCAAGCCAAGACAUGGUCUCAGUUUCACCACCCGAAUCUCCUCAUUAUUGAGGCAAUAACUUCAGAUAGUGAGCCGAUGACCUUGGUCUACGAGUCAGCGGGGCAUGGUAGCUUGUACCAAUACUUGAUCUAUCAUUCACCAAACAAUCCGAACUUCACUAGAGACCAUGCUUUACUGGAUAAAGCUAACCUACUGGAUAUUUCACGUCAGAUUGCAGCAGGAAUGGCGUAUUUGUCUUCUCACGACUAUGUUCAUGGUGAACUCAUGACAAGAAAUUGUCAAGUCGCACAUUCGAUGGUUAUCAAAAUAACCGACUUUACACUUGACCGUGGUGAUUGUUACUGUCGACGACCAAACAAGCGACCUAUAGCACUAGGCUGGAUGGCCCCGGAGACCAUACAAACAGAAACAUACACGGUCCACUCAGACGUCUGGGCGUUCGGUGUGCUGCUGUGGGAAAUCUUCACCUAUGGUUUCCAGCCGUACUUUGGUUUCAUAUUCCCUGAAGUGCGAGAGAAAAUCUUGAACAUGGUGUUACUAGAACAACCACGAGACUGUAUUCCUGUCGUUUAUGAACUCAUGAGAAAUUGCUGGAAAAAGACCCCAACACAUCGACCACAGUUUGUGGAUCUUCACGACGAUUUGAACACUUUGUGUAACGAAUAUCUCGAAGAUGAUGAUGAACAUGACUCGCGUUAUAUCACUGGCGUAAAUUUAUAAUAUAAUAUAUUGACUUGUAAAUAAAUAACCUACCAUAAUGGUAAAUGAAUAUAAUGUACCCUGUUCAUAUUAAACUGCACAUAUAUUUCUAUUGGAUAGUGUGUAUUUGUUGUC